AUCCUCGGUUCCAUCCUACGGUGCUCCACACAGCCACACAACGAAAAACAGAGAGAAAGUGCGAGAAAGCGCGAGAAAGUGAGAGAAAUCAACCAAACCGGAGAUGGGUAGCUCGUCGGAGGACUUCUCGGUGGUGGUACUGGCAUCGGAUCUGGGUAUAGAUGCGAGGCCAUUCUUGACGAACCAGGAAAGAGAGGUCGAAGAACAAGAGAAUUGGUACGACUGCCCUCAGAACCUUAUUGCCGACGAGGACUUCUCCGAUCUCGAGCUCUUGCAGUUCUUUCGUGUUCAGGGCCAUGACAAGUCUGGAAAUCGUAUUUUUCGCAUAGUGGGAAAAUACUUUCCCGCUCCAGUUGUUAGUGGAGAUAGGCUGAAGAGGUAUAUAUUCCACAAAUUAUGCAGUGAGCUUCCAGAAGGGCCAUACUGCAUUGUUUACAUGCAUAGUACUGUGCAAAAGGAGGAUAACUCCCCUGGCAUAACUAUCUUAAGGUGGAUUUAUGAAGACCUUCCUUCAUAUUUGAAGGACAGGCUUCAGAUUGUGUACUUCAUUCACCCUGGGCUCCGAUCAAGACUUGUCUUUGCCACUCUUGGCCGAUUCUUCUUAACUGGAGGCCUAUAUUGGAAAAUCAAGUAUGUAAGCCGCCUGCAGUACCUUUGGGAGAAUAUAAAGAAGGGAGAGGUGGAGAUUCCUGAAUUCGUAAAAGGUCACGAUGAUGUUCUCGAGCAUAGACCGCUAACAGAUUAUGGCAUUGAACCGGACCCUCUUCACAUGAUUGAGGUUCCGUCAACAGCCUACUCAUUUGGACGGUAUGAGGAGAGAUGGGCAUCAAGGGAAUAUACGUCUUAAUUGGUACUAUGUAGACAGCCCUUCCCUACUAAUUGGGAUUUAGGCGUCAAUAAGUUGGCUUGAUAGGUGGCUAUCCUAUAUAUGCAUGUUUUGUACAGAAUAAUACUGAUGCGGUGUUGAGUAGUUUGUGCUCUUAAAUGCUGAUUAUUGCGUACUAUGAGUACAACUAUUGUUUACUCAUACUUUAUCGUACGGUUUUGGGUAUUAGAUUUUCUUUUUAACUUC